AUGAAUGCUUGUCUUUAUCUCCUUGGGGAGGUGUACUUUGGCGUUAUUUCUCGUCCAGAUCUUGCGGCUCAUUUCAGGGGAUUGGAUAUCAGGGUUGUACGACAUCGGCUGGCAGGGAUUCGUGGAUGUGGACCACACUGACCGCAAGGUCGGCUGGUUCGAGACCUCCAUAUAUUGGAUUUUGCCCUAUGGGAAUUGAUGUAUUUUUAGGCAGGCCGCGUGGGUGGUUGAGAUGGAGAGAUGUCACAGAUCUUGCAUGUGCGCUCAAGAGGGAAUUGGGCAGAGGUGAUGUCAACCGCAGACUCAGACUCCUCCCAUUGGCAUCACUGCGAGGGGUCAGAGGCGGGUCGAGGGCUUCGGGCGCCGCUUGGGAAAGCAGAAUCAGAAGCGUAUUCAGUAGACUGGGACCAGCAUUCUCAUAAGUCUCGUCUGAAGUUGAAAAUUUGGCUUGGGUCGUUCAAACCCCUACUGUGUACUGAUCUGAUCAACCCACGUCAUCCGAGCCAGUUCCCCUUGCCCAGUUCCAGUCUUCAGUACAACAUCACCACCCUGACAGGGCCCCAACUCUUUUCACCAUCACCUUGUCGUCCCAAUUGCAGUGCAUUCCAGCUUCCGCCGGUUCGCAGCAUUAGGUUACGCCAAUCGGGGUCUGGGUACCUUUCCCCUCUCGCCGUCGACCAUCAAGCACAGCCACACCCAACAGCCCCAGGUCUUUCACGCUUCUACCUCUUGCAACCCUCCCCGCCACCCGUCCGUCCUCCCGUCUUCCCUUAUACAGGUUUUCCGGGUCUCCCGUACUCCGUACAUACAAAACAGCACCCGGCCGCCACCACCAAGACCAGCGGCUCCAGUAGCAACGCAGCAGGGCGCCCGUGUCAAACCCCCUUCUGCGGCCCAAUCACGACCGCGUCUGGGAUAGGCCCGACGGAGGAGAGAGACCAGCCUUGCUAGCCGCUCUCUUCUUGCCUGCUUGAGAGAGACAAGACCGCUGUGCAGAGUUCGCACUUCGAUUCCUCCUUCGACACAAUCAUCGACUCGACUCGUUUUUGCGCGCCCCCCGAAGACGACUGUUUCUAAUCGCGUUCGCUCGCUCCGCCCGCCCGCCGAUGCCCACACCCCGCCGUCCGAGCGCUUGAGCCUUCUCUCCCUUGUACUCCGUAUUGUAGCAGCCGUGCGCGUGGCGGGGAACGCCAA